AUCAGGCCCAACCAUCCAGCCCAAAGGCCCAUCUCAUGUGCUACUACUACUCCUAGCCGCCGCCGGUCGCUGCGAGCCUGGCUGCAUCUCUCGCUAGCUCUCCAUUGUUUCGUUCAGCCGGGCCUUCUCCACGCCGAAACCCUUCCCCUCUUCAUCCGGGUUCCGGCGGCGGCGGCGGCGAAGAUGAUCAUCCCGGUGCGCUGCUUCACCUGCGGCAAGGUGAUUGGGAACAAGUGGGACCUCUACCUGGACCUCCUCCAGGCCGACUAUACGGAGGGAGAUGCUCUGGAUGCUUUGGAAUUGGUCCGCUACUGCUGCAGGCGAAUGCUCAUGACCCAUGUUGAUCUCAUUGAAAAGUUGCUCAACUACAACACAUUGGAGAAGACUGAUACAAACUAAAGAGAACACGCCAUGCUCCACAAUCACCUGUUUCUUAGUAUGAUAGUGUGUGGUAUGCUGUUUCUUCUGUACCGGGAGAAGCUGGUUGUGAGAUAAUGUUAAUUUAGUUUGCUCAUGAACAAAGGACGUUUGAUGUGCCGUGCAUGUUGCAUCUAUGCUAUGAACUUGUGAUGCUGUCAGAUAUUUGAAGCGAUAUAACUGUUGACCAAAAACUAGUACGUUGGUGUGGAUUGGAUCUAUAAUGUUUUUGUUUCAAA